AUGCUUCGGCUUUUUCUGCUUCUUGGCGUCCUGCCAGCUGUUUUGAUUUCUGGAAUGUGAGCAGACUUUUUUUUUCGAUUGUCCACAACUUUGCUGAUUUCUUGAAGUUUGGUGUUCAGCGGCAGAGACUGCGAAAAAUCGCGACUUCACUGUCGUUUCCCGGAUGAUUGUCGCCUCGGAGAAACUGUGACUGUGAACUGCACGACAGGGAAGGAGUGCGGCCCUCAGAAAAGCCUCGUCAAGAAGGCCGAGUGCAGGUUCAGCAAUUUUCUCGAUGUUGCCCAUUCCGCGCCAAAACAAAUUGACAGGUUGUGAGGCUCAUAGCCUAUCAAAUUACAAUUUGGACGAAAAAACUUGGCAAAUUUGUACUGAUUUGCAUAAUGGUAUACCGCGUUAAACUUUUUUCAAGGCUCUCAAUCAUUUCUCCGAGUCUUUCUGAAUUAAAAUCAAAACUUACUCCGGGCUGAAAAAUUAUUUUUCAUUUUGUCAACUCUGCCUCCAUGCAGUCCAUGCAAUUUCGGCGUGCGCUCUCAAAUUCGAACCCAAAUGAUGAUAUCAUCUUUUUAAUAGAUAUUUUGUUUCCCUUAGACAGAGGUCUUGACGCGCUUUUCAUUUUUGUUUGGUAGCACGAAAAAAUUGAUCUCAAAAAAAUCUCAGAAUUUUUGAAAUCUCCCACGGCCGUGCUCGAAAAAUAUCGAAAUUGGGAUCUCAUUUUCAUCUGCGUUCACUAGACCGUCUUUUUGAGGUUUUGUUGGCAAACGCGGCCCGAAGAUCACGACUGCAAACCGGUCACCAACUGCUCGACGAGCAGCGGCCGUCUGCACAAAACCUUGUGUCGGGUUAUUUUCCACGCUUCCAAUCUGAAUUUCUCAUCUUUUUUUGCAGGUGCAUUCGAAUGUGAUUUGUAUCGGAGUCCGAAACUUCCACAAGAAAAUACGGUUUUUUUGAAGUUCUUUUUAAUCUGAAAACGGUAGAUUUUUCAGUUGUAACUGGUCGUCGGGCCACAGUUGGUCGCGCACAAUGUUUCUUUCCGUUGUCGUCGGUCAGUUUGUAAAAUAUUGUAUAUUUUUCAUUCUGGGCUUCUGAGGAUUUGUCUAUUUCAAUUUUUUUCACUCCACUCAAAAGUUUGCUCAUAAGCGAGAAAAAAAAGAAAAAAGAAAAAUCUCUAAUUCUAAAAAAUGUCGUUCAAAAAGUAAAAUUUCUCUCCAGCAACUGAAUUGGAUCCUUUCACUGAUUCUACACUUUCUAAUUUUUUGGGCAAAAAAAUUAUUUUAUUUAUUUUUUUAAACUUGAAAACUUCUCUGAAUAGCUUUUUGAAAAAAAUGGUUUCAGAUCCUUCUUUAAAAGUUUUUUUAUCACUUUUUUUAUCACGAAUUGCAAAAAUGUAAGAGCAGAAGCUUGCUAAAUUUCAUGUUAUUUGAAGCAGAUGUUUCAAAUAAAGUACUGCGAAUUCAUUCAUGUCCGCUGGAUAUCAUAAUAUUCACCUUUGUAUAGUCAAUGUUUCACGACUUGAAAGGCGAGGGAGGCGGGGCAAGGGGCGGGACGCGUAGCGUGUGCGUACGCGGUUCUUGGCAGGAGUUCAAUUCAACCGCCAGCGAGCAUUCAGAGAGCUCAUUUUUCGCUUUUUUCAUUCCUUUUUCAAUUAAUUAUUGAUUUUGUUCAUAUGUUCAUCAAAAAAUAGUAGAAAACAUUGAAAAAGAGUGGUUGCCAAGCUUUUUAAAUAUUCGGAGGCAAUUAAAUUGAACUCGUGCCAAGAACCGUGUACGCACACGCUACGCGUCCCGCCCCUUGCCCCGCCUCCCUCGCCUUUCAAGUCGGGAAACAUUGACUAUAGUAGAGAAUUAACGAAAUCAACGAUUGUAGCUUUAAAAAACUGACGAAAAUGUCGAGAAUGAUAAUUUGAGCGAAAGUUGUCAAAUUUUUGUCACGUUAUAAAUACAUUUGGAUUACAGGCGGCUUCGGGGCCGACCGUUUCUACCUGGGACUUUGGAAGUCGGCAAUCGGGAAACUGUUCAGCUUCGGCGGCCUCGGCGUCUGGACGAUCAUCGACGUCGUGCUCAUCGCCGUCGGCUACAUCAAACCCGCCGACGGCUCCAUGUACAUUUGA